UAAGACAUAGCGCCAUCUUUUGGUUGCAGGGAAAAGUGUGUGUUUGUUGGUUGGGUAAACGCGAGAUGGUUCGGCUCUUCAUAGGUGAAGGCAGUCUGAGACUGAUUGGCAGUGGCAAUAUAUUCCACGUGUGCUAACCAGCCCACUGGGAAGACAUAGAAGCAUCUCAAACAAAACACAGAUACCCGCUCAUAGAAAAUCGUUGACGUCUGACUUAGAAGUCAAACGUGUGAAAUAAACGCACAUCAAAAUGUCACAAUUCGUCUUGGCAAUAAUAUACUCUUUAUUUGCCUACGGACCAAUGGUGAUAUGCGAUGUUAUGACCAACAAGAACGAACCCAGUAACACAUCUUCUGGGGGGUCUUCCAACAAAGAUCGAAAUGCAUUCUUUGCACUGCGAAGUUGUCACCAGGUUCUCCGUGGGGACAGCGGUGAAUUCUUCUCUCCGGACUAUCUGUGUUCUAACCCGCCCCUGUGGUGCAACUGGACCAUCCAGGUGUCUCCUGGGAAACGCGUGCACCUGCAGCUGGAGGACUUCACGCCGGCCAGCACCUGCCACCUGAAGAAGGACCAGAUCCACCUGGACGAGUCUACGGGAGGGGGCCUGGGGCCCAUGUUGGGGCCUACGGGUGACCACCGCAUCCUGGAGAAGUGCUGGAAGAAGGCAGAAUACACGUCACUCUCCAGUACCAUACACGUGGUUCUGCUCAUCUCCCGGACGCCUGACCCACCGCUCAGGGGGUUCUACGGACGCUUCAGGUCCCUCGGCGGUACCGAGGAGUCCCUAAAGAACGGCGCAGAUGACACGAUGAACACCUCAGACUCUGAAGUACAUGAGAAGCGAGAGCAGUCUGAAGUCCACCGCAAACACAGCAAAAUUGAACUGCCUCGUGUACCAAAUCCAAGAAGCGUCUCUGAGAAGACAUCUUCACCCACUGAGGAGCCUCAGGUUAGUUAUUCUUCUGAUCAGAAUCAUUCCCCCAACACCAAAACAGCAGGUGGCGGCCAUUUUGUUUCCCCAGCCCCUACAUCCAUGUCCAAUGAGCUUCCCUCAGGGCCAGAGAACCUGGAAGGUGAGGGGUUGGAGAAGGGGAGCGUCACCUGGCAAACUGUUAGAGGCCACUUAGGAGAGGCACCAGAUGGAGGAGGAAGAGAAGGAGGAGGAGGAGGAGGAGGAGGAGAAGAAGAAGAAGAAGAAGAAGAAGAAGAAGAAGUAAAGGUAUCUCUCAAGCAUUCUCUGACUCCUGAUGCCAACUCUGUGUUGACGGGGAAGAAGAAGAUUGACCGUCCGCACGCCGACAGCCCCAGUAUUGUCACCGAGUCACCUCUGGCUGUCACUACUACAACACAAGGAGAGGUCGAUACAAAUAUUCCGAAGCCCAAAGUUGAAGCUUCAAAGAAAGCUGAAACUGAGGUCGAUUACAAAGAGAGAACACUUUCACAUCAAACCCACAGGAAUAUCACCCAUCAUCCACACUUACCGGGAGCGUUUCUUUUUGAGGUGUCGGUGGAGGUGGCCUUGAGUCCGCAGACUGGGGAGGGUUGGGACCAGCGGGCGACCACUCUACUGACCACACUCAAGAACAUGAUGAAAGAUGAGCUAUCGAGCUACGCUCCAAAAACCAUAUCAUCCAAACGAAUUAAAAGGUUGAGCUCAGGGGCACUUUUCCUCCUCUGGCUUCAUUUCGGGGAGGGGCAGGAUGGGGUGCAGUCGCACAGGGUUCUCCACGCAGCAGCGCAGGGGCUCAGGGGGCGCAGUCUGCUCCCUCAAGAGGGCGGCACAGAGGGGGUCGUCGCCUACGUCAGCAUUGCAGAUGUGAAUGAGUGCGGCACCCAGCUGUCUCAGUGCGACGCCUACGCCGAGUGUGUGAACCGAUUUGGCACGUACGCGUGCCGCUGCCGCCCCGGCUACCUGGACAAGUCGCGCACCAGCCCCGGGGGCACCAUCUGCAUCGACCCUGCCGCCUCCGCUGUCCUCCCUGUUGCAGGCUGUAGCUGGUCGUCUCCCGCCAUCCUCCGAGGCAUCUACUGCGUCUGCGUCCUGCUCUGCCUGCUCAUCGUGCUGCUGCUCUUCGCCCUGGCCGUCAUGUACCGCCGUCGCCACCAGGGGGCCUUCCUGCUCCGCUGCCAGAGCCACAGCAACGGGAGCGGCCUGGCGACAGUUGCCGGCGGCGACAACAACAACAAUCGCAACGACCACAACAGCGGUAGUGGUGGUGGCUGCCUGAAGAUGUCUGCCGUUCGUAACCGGCCGCUGCCCUCGGUGCCACCCCCACCCCCGACACGGCGCAUCAAGGACGGUGCGGACGGCGGGGGGUCCCUGGAGCCCCCCUUGCUCAAGUUCGGCCCGCUGCCGCACUCCGACGGGUCCGAGAGCUUGGGGUCGGAGUCCAGAGUGAAGCAGUAAUUUCUUUCUUUUUUUUCUGGAUCAUCCAUCUCCCCUCUGAAGACUGGACUGGACCUCUGUAGUUCCAUGUGCUCCCACAGACCCAUCAGUAGCUUGCGUGUGUUCUCCUGUAAUGUUUACUGUUACUCUUUGUUUCCUUACUCAUAAAUGUCCAUUAUGUUAAUGUUUUUUGCAUGUUUUUUUUUUUUUUUAUAUAUUCUGCAUAUUUUUUAGAAAAUAUAUAUAAUUUGAUUUGGACAACGGUGAAUGAACAAGGGUUUACUGCUGUCAUUGUUGUAUGGUUUUGGUAAGGUUCUUUUGAGCUUGAGUGGGCAUUAGUUGUCUUGUGUUUUUGAUGGUCUGUCCUAAUGAAAUUAUGGAAAUGACUUCCAGCAUAGGUUUGGGUGAUGAAAUUAUCUCUCAGAUAAAAAUAACAAAUAAAUAUAGUUGACCAUUCUA